GCCGGCUCCUCCUCGGCGCCCGCGGCCGCCCGUCCCCCCCCCCCCGCGGGCCCGCCGCCCGCGGCCCUGCCCAACCCGCGCCGUUGAGAUGGAGCCGCCGCCCGGGAGCGGGCCGCCCAGCGGCGGAGGCUCGGCGCCGCACGCUGGGAGCAGCGCCAGGAGCGGCAGCAGCGGCAGCGGCAGCAGCCACGGCAGCCGCCGGAGGCGCGGAGGCGGCGAGACCGAUUCGAACAACUCGCAGUGCACCUGCGGCACGACGGCACGCUCGCAAGACACGCUGACGACGCUGUGCGCUGACGAGGCGGUGCCGCUGCCGCCCACCGACGCGGCCUCGGUGCAGCCUGGUCGCUACAUGGCCUCGGAGCACACCAGAGGCCCGCCGGUCGCCCUCGUGGACUCCCUGCCGCCGCCCGACGUGCAGGGGUCGGCCAGUGACACCGUGAAGGACAUCGACCUCGCCAGCGACCGCCGCAGCGAACCGCGGGGCGAAGAUGCCCCGCUGCUCGCGUCCCACAGGUGGCACCAGCCGUGCAAGGACGGCCCGGAGGACGAGGCCGCGCUGAAGGAGGCCUCCAGCGCCGAGACGAGCCCGCACUGCUCGUGCGGGAGGCUGGUGAUGGUGGCGGGCGCGCUGCUGUGCGCGGGUCUCCUGGCCAGCUCCAUCCACGAGCACCGGGCCGCCCUGGUGCGGCAGAGGCAGUGGGAGGCUCUGCUCGACAGCGUGGAGGGGAUGGCCGAUCGCGCCCUGGCCCUGGGCAAGGACCCUCUGCAGCGCCGCGCGGGCGAGGGCCUCUGCAGCGCCGCCGCGCGCGUGCCGCCGCGCGCGCUCGGCGCCGCGGGGCCGCGCGCGUGGGCGAUCGCCCCGCGGCAGCUGGAGAAGUGCAGGCAGGGCGGCGCUCAGGGCGCCUCUGGCGACGACCAGCAGAAUUGGUGCUGGGCUGGGCUGAAGCAGGUGUGCCACGGCCACAUCAAGGACCACAUCCCGUGGGCCGGCCUGCGCGAGGAGGCGGCGCGCAUGGGGCUGUCGCCGGGGCCCGCGGAGGCGCCGUUCUCGCCGCUCGAGGACUCCGAGGUGUGCGACCGCGCCGAGUUUGGGGAGUGGAGGAAUUGGUCCAAGGAGGAGCGCGCCGCGGCGCGCGAGUGGUUCGAGGGCAACGUGCGCGUCUACGUCCUGAACCUGCCGUCGGACGAGGAGCGCUGGGAGCGCUGCUUCGCGGCGCUGUCGGCGCAGCGCCUCCGCGCCACGCGCGUCUUCGGCGUGGACAUGCGGAACCCAGGUGCCCUGGAGACCGCCAAGGCCUCCGGGUGGAUGCCGAGCAGCUUCAACUACACCCGCGCGCAGGAGGUCGCUGCCGAGCCGCGGCAGCGCCUGGAAGGCAGCAUCCUCGGCACUGUCGGCUGCGCCUCUGCCCACUUCAAGGCCCAGGCGCAGGCCUUGGAGGAGGGCGCCCGGCUGGCUCUGGUCCUGGAGGACGACUCGUUGCCGGAGCCGGACCUCGUCGAGAGGCUUUGGGCGUUGGUUCGGGAGGAGCUGCCGUGCGACUGGCAGGUGACCUCGCUGAUGUCCCGCUGCCCUUAUGGCAAGUGCGUCUCGAGGCACCUGCUGCGGGUGCAGCCGGACGGGAACGAGCCGGCCUGGGGCUGCCGCCACGGCGUGAACUGGGGCAUGCACGCCAUGCUCUACCGCACCGACGCCCUCGCGGAGGUGCAGCGCGUCUGGAAGGCGCGCGUGUUCAACGAAGAGACGCCGCGCUGUCUCGACGUGGACGUGGCGCUGGCCUCCAUCUCCGACGAGGUCGCGUACUACGCGGUGCCCUCGAGCCAGAGGCCGGGCUUCCUCCGGGAGGGCGAUGGGCACUCGGCGCGCUGGGACAUCAACAUGGCCCUCACCACCGCGGCCCCGUCGACGGUGACGACCACGACGACGACGCCUCCCGCCGUGGUCGACGUCUCGGCGCCGACAAAGGUUCCUCUGGGUGGGGGCCUUGCUGCGGUCAUGGUGCUCGAGGGCAUGGGCUGCUCGAACUACGAGGAGGUCUCCCUGGGGCCGGAGACCGUGGAGGAGGGCGGCGCGCUGGCAUGCGCGCAGAAGUGCUUCUCCGAACCCGGCUGUGUGGGCUUUCAGAGGCGCAGCGCCACGCAGUGCAGCGGCUGGGGAGGCCAGCAGGGCUCGUGCCAGCUGUGGAGGAGUUACGCCUGCGCCGUGCAGGAGAACUCCUGCUGGGACCAGUACACGAUCCAGGUGCCCCAGGUGGACCAAGGAAGCUGCAAGACGUACGGCUGCGUCGAGUACGACCCUGCCAACCUCUGCCAGUGCAACCCGGAUUGCGUGAACACCGGCAGCUGCUGCUCGGACGUCGUCGAAGUUUGUGGCGAGGCCCGCGAGCACUGGCGGGGCAGUACGUGAGGCCAGGCAGCGGCACGCUGUUCCCCCGUCGGCCCAGAGGAGCCAAGAGAGGGGGGUGUGAGUGGUGGCUUCCCUCGCGGGAGAUGUCACGCUGUUCCCUUUCCGUAGGAAUCGGGCGAUAGUCCCCACAGGUGGUGUUCUUCCCUUUGAUGGUUCGCUUCCCAUCCCCCGUGCUUCCGCGCGGUUGCGUAGGUUAAUGCCCUGUAAGCGGGAAUUCAAGUGCGGCGGGCCUCCAUUGGAAUCUCCGCUGCGAGAGCCGCUCGCACCUGCGUAGUGAGAGGCGCGCGCUCGGACGGCAGACUUCGCUGUUGCGCGCCGCGGACGCCUGCCCAGCCAGGCACCGAACAA